UGGCAGCGUAUCGCUGGGCGUGGCGUCGAGCUGUGAUGUACAGGCUGGUUUCCGCGAGCUGCUUGAAAAGCCAUGUGUUGCGCUCGCGGUGCGUCAGAUUACUUCCCUGCCUCUUCUGCAACAUGUACAAGACGCGAAUGCAAGCUAGUAUAAAGAGGAACGUCAAACAAUAAUAAUAAUAAGAAGAAAAACUCUGAAAUGAGGAUGGCCGUGUUGGCAAAUCACAAACUUUGGACAUCCGUGGAUUAUUGCAAAUCAGUUCUUUUACCACUGGACAAGCAGCACAGAGUGACAGACAGACUCAUGACAUCCUAACUACGGUCUGAAGGUGUUUCUCAGUCAAGUGAGCAGCAAUGGAUUCGCUGUAUAUCGCUAUCGAGCUGGUGAUCGCUGUCCUGUCAAUCGCCGGUAACGUGCUGGUGUGCUGGGCUGUGGCCAUCAACUCCACUCUCAAGAACGCCACCAAUUACUUUCUGGUGUCUCUGGCCGUGGCAGAUAUUCUGGUUGGAUGUCUUGCCAUCCCUUUUGCCAUUACAAUAAGCAUUGGUCUGCACUCUGACUUUUACGGAUGCCUUUUCCUGGCGUGUUUUGUUCUGGUACUGACUCAAAGUUCAAUAUUUAGUCUUCUGGCGGUGGCCAUCGACAGAUAUCUGGCUGUAAAGAUCCCCCUGAGGUAUAAGGAGCUUGUCACAGGGAAAAGGGCAAGAGAGAUCAUUGCUAUUUUAUGGAUCUUAUCCUUCAUCAUUGGACUCAUCCCAUUCGUGGGCUGGAACCGUAAAGACUUGGCCUGUUCCAGAAACGAAAGCGGCUUGACACAGACUAGCAAUAGCAGUGACCCCGCUGAGAUGGAAAAGGGCUUCUUGCAAAGCUGCUGCCUCAAGUGCUUCUUCGAGAAAGUGGUGGACAUGAGCUACAUGGUGUACUUCAAUUUCUUCGGUUGCGUGCUGCCACCUCUGCUCAUCAUGCUGGGCAUUUACGUCAAGAUCUUCACGGUGGCACGGAAACAGCUGCGUCAGAUCGAGCUCAAAUGCAGCGUGAGUAACGGUGAGAAUCAGCACCACGGUCUGCUGCAGCGGGAGAUUCGUGCCGCCAAAUCGCUCUCCAUCAUCGUGGGCCUGUUCGCUCUCUGCUGGCUGCCCGUGCACAUCCUGAACUGCCUCACACUCUUCUACAACGAGCUAAAAAAGCCUGGCUUCAUCAUGAACAUCGCCAUCAUCCUCUCACACGCCAACUCCGCCGUCAAUCCCAUCAUCUACGCCUACCGUAUUCAGGAGUUUAGAUUCACUUUUAGGAAGAUUCUGAACCGCCAUUUCUUUUGUCGACGGGACGAGUUGUAUCGCAGCUCCACUGGAAGCAGCUGUCACAGAGACCAGAUUACAAUGACUAUUGACCCUCUGCUUUAGACAGCUUGGUCGAAAUAUGAGAGAAAUGUUUACAGCCCAAAGAACUGCAAACAGCUUGAUCAUGUAUUGAGAUGACGUCUAGUGUGGCCCACUAUUCAUGAAGACAUUGUGGACACAUUUUCAGAAUUUAACAUUGAACUGUGAAAAGAAAAAAAAAAAAAGCCUUCGUCACUACAAAUCUGUGGAAAAAUGUAUAGAUUGCAUUUCCAAGCAGACUUUUGCAGCAACUUAUUGGUCAAGCCUUAGCACAAGGAUUUGAAAGCUACGAGUGGUUGCUGGGCCUUUUGGAAGUGCUGAACGAUGAACUGAAGCAUGUAUGAGAGACCUACAUGAGGAUCCUGCAGAACAAUAAAACACUCAUUUUGUGCAGCCCGGAGGAACAAUAAGCUGAACACGCCAUCGUGGAACAGAGAACACAAAGAAACCGUUUCUGAAUGCUUGAAUGUAUUAGGACCUUUUGUUGUUUUUUACAGUUGAGAUGGUUGGUUUAGACUGCUCAGGAACACACAUGAGAUAAAAGCUAAUUUAAGAACCCAUAAUAGAAAGGAAAUCAUAAAACGAUUUUCUGUACAGCCAGUUAUGAAAAAUUACCCCCGUUUUCAUUACUUAAAAUACACUGCUGGUCCAUUCACAACUUAAUUAACCCAAGAAGUUCAAAUCUGUAACCAAAAUGACUCCAAAAGAUACACUGGGUACAAAGUGGCCCCAAUAUUAUUUGGAAAUGUAUUGCAUUAUAUAACAAAAAGUGUCGUAAUUCUCUGUUUGAAUUUUUAUAUCAUAUUGUUUUAUAGUUUAUAACCAAUAAACAGCUGUUUUUCUUUAACAUAAACGCCACUUUGAUGUUUUGUUAUCUAAUGCAAAUACAUUUAGAUAUUUGUAAAUGUUGCUGAAGUGUACAAAUACGUUUUGGUUCAGCAUGUUACUAAAUGACCAUUACACUCUUUUCCUUUCUAACAUCUACACAGUCAGUGGGUCCUAAAUCUGAGACAACUAGUGAUUUUGUUUAACACUCUUUAUACUUUUUUUUUUUUUUUUUUUGAUACUUUGCAUUAUAUUAUCAUUAGUUGAGCUGCAUGAACUUCAUAAGUUUGUCAAACCUGAUGAUCAUGUUCUCCAGUAUAAUUAGAGAUUCAUUGAAAGAACUUCUGAUGGUCUACAGUCACAUGAUCAAUGUCACAUUUACUUUUCUAAUUAGUGACCAGAAAAUAGUGCAGAAGAUUUUAUAUCAUGUUUCUUUCUUUAAACCUUUUCAAAAAGUAGAAAAAAACCUUAUUAAACUUAGAACCUGUUUAUUAGAUUAUUUGCAAGUCAAAUUAGAUUUAAAAGGCAGGUUUUCACUGUGGUCUCAGAUGUUUGGAGCUCAAUGUAAUAUCAGUGUCCUUAGAUUUCUGAUGUCUGUCUGCUCAUGUGUCACAGCCCUUAGGAAUCAGUUUGUUAUUGAAUGUCUGAGUGUGACAAACUACCCAGACUGAAACAAGAGCAGUUGACCUGCAGCAAAGACUGUCUCCUCUGGAGAGAGAUUUACAGUGUCACCACCGGAGCUAAAUAACGCUCUGUAGUGCCAAUAAUACCUCGCUAUUCUAUUAAUCACCAACCACCUUUACAGUAGAACUACAGAUCAGGAGAGAGGUCUGCCGUUCAUUCAUCAGUGCCUUAACUGGCUCAUCUAGACCACAUUUUGAAGAAUAACUUAUGAUUAUAAAAUGAUUAAAAUCUCAGAGCUGUGACACAUUGAUUAGAGUGCAUGCUCUUCAGACAUUGAGCCUUGGAGAUGUAGGUUUUAGUCCGGACUGAAAUGUGUCUUCAUCCCAAUCUUAAUAUCUUGUCACUAGUUUUUCCAUCCAUUGUAUGUUUGUCCAGUUAAAUAGGAAAAAUAAAACUAUAUUUAGUGUAUCAUCUGAAGAGAUCCUGCUCUUUCAAUAACAUGAGUGUAUUUAGAUCUUACACUCAUUUUUUAUAUCAGAUUAUAUUAUAUAAUCUGACCAAGUGUAGGUCAUGUCAGUGCCUUAAAGUAUUGGUCAUAAACACUUAAAGCAACAUCAAACAUUUUUUGCACUUUUUUCAAUUUGUUUCUGUAUAUAUACUGUAUAUACAUAUAAAAACAACAAACUUUAUUGAUGUUUGGAUGGUUUAUUUUAAUAUUUAUUGUCUUUUUGAUUGUUAUGUUUUAUAAUAAGCCUAAUUUUGAUAGUCAUGACUGUUUUAGAUGUAAAAACUCACUAGGUAUAUUUACAUGCACUGAUUUUUGUAAACGGGAAUGAAUGCAAUCUGAUUUAAGAUUCUGAAAGCGCUAUUCAUAUAAAACCUGAAAGAUGCAAUGUGAUAGACAUUUGUUUACAUGUGCAGUUUGUAAGACAAGAAACAUAGGCAUAUUCAUAAGAUGUAAAAUGCAUGUAGACAUACAUAUCAUGACACUGCGUCGCAGUGAUUUUCCUUUUGAUUUUAGAUAUACACCACUCAGUUGGAUGGAAUUUGUAUUCGAUCAAGCUCAUUCAGAUCAAUUGAGGCGUUUACAUGAACACUUUUCAGUCUGACUAAUCCAUUAUAAGCAGAUUAUUUGGGUGCAUGUAAAUGUAUCUAUUGGUUUAUUUGCUAUCUGCAGCAUUGUAAAAAUAAGGACAGAUAGGGAUGAUGGUCUAAUAUAAUCAUAAGUUAAUAAGCCCAUAUUUAGAAGUUAUUUUGAAAUCAAGGGAAUGUAUAAUUGUGUUUUUGGGAGUGAAUUGUAACUGUGUCCAGAUGAAAUGUGGAAAAGCAGCAAGCAGUAAAUCUAGGAUCACCAUUCAUCCUCUUCUUCCAGGACAUGUCUUGGCUGGGAUUUCUAAAUUGCCUAAAAUAUCCAGGUUUUGGCUUUUCUUAUUGACAUGCUCUCUACAGUCCUCACAAGCAUUAUAUGUAUACGUAUUUGCAUUGCUUUGACUGUUUUUUUGGAGAUCCCGCCUUCUCACACACCAUGAUUGGUUCAUUAUGUACAAUGCCUGCACGCUAUUGGUCAUUACUUUCACCAAGUAUAAAGCCAAAACCUGAAUAUUUUAGGCAAUUCAGAAACUCUGGUCAUUUGUUAAAAACCCACGGAAUUUCUUUUGUCCAUGUUGGUAGCCAAAAAAGUGACGGUAGCCAUUGACUUCUGUAGUAUUCUUUUCCAUACUAUGCGAGACAGUGGCUACCGUCAACUGUUUGGUUACAAACCUUCUUCUAAAUAUCUUACUUUGUGUUCAACCAAAGAAGAAAAAUUUUUACACGUCUGAAACAACUUGAGGGUGAGAUGACACAAAUGUCAUUUUUAGGUGAACAACUCCUUUAACAAUCAUCAAUCUUGACUGUUAUUGUCACAUUCUUUAUUUGCUUUCAGUAUGAACAGAAAAAUGACUUAUUACUGGAAACAGUAGUUUGGGACAGUGUGUGGAUUUCAUCAGCUUUGGUUUCUGACAGAUGCACUGAUGUGUUUGCCCCUGACAAUGACAUGCCUUCCCCAACCACAGCUGUGCCAACAUUUUUUAUUUAUUGAGGGGAAGAAUGACAUUCUUGAGCAGUAUUUUUGUGUUUGUAGUCUCUAAAUGAUGUAAAUGUACAAAUAUUUGUUACACUUUGUAAGGGCUAAACUAUAGGAGUGUGCCAGACAUCUCGGACAUUCCAAUGGAGACGAAUCUGUACUGCACUGCAACUGUGUUAGCUGAUGUUUUAUGAAGUACUGUCUGGUGAAAGCAGUAAAACUAAAGGCCUUUUUUAACCAGUCAAGUGUACCUGAAAUUUAUUCCUGCCUUUGGAGCAAACAGAAAAGAGUCUGUGCUUUUAAAUGUGUAUGUUUUUGACGUGUGUAUUUGUCACUAUUCUACAUACACUGUGAUGUUCUCUUGUACGUGUUGAAAAAAAAAAAAUAGUUUUGUGACAAAAACCUUUGGCAUCAAAAUGGAGUCUUGUUAUUUAACAUGAAUAAAUCUCUAUGUAUGGUGAAUUAUUUUAUUAAUAAAAGCUGUUUAUAUA